AGUCGCUGUGUGGCAUUGGGCUCAAGGCAUCUCAUCAUGUAGCUGUUCAAUACCUGAUGCGAGCCGCAUCCUUCCGCCCUAGCUGCUUCAGAAGGGUCAAUGCUUUUACUUUUAGAGACCCCGGCGGGGUACGCACUCUUCACGGUGAAGAACAAGAAGCUCCUCAAGGCUGAUGCUGACUCCAUCUUCGAGAACUUCAAGUCCGUCACUGACGCCUCGCGGCAAGUUGGGCUCACGGCCUUUCACAAGUUCGAAGAUACCAAGGCAGCCAUGGAGGCCUGCACUGAGCUCACGGAGUCCUCAGUGGGGAAGAGCCUCAAGAAGUUUCUGAAGAAGAAUGUGGUCGACGCCGGGCUCGCGGACAGCCUGACAGUCCUGGACAAGCAGCUGGGAAUAAACAUCAACAAAAAACUUGGGAUCGAGGUGUCCGUGAUGAGUGACAACCUGCGCGAGAUCAUGCGCGGGGUCCGACUCCACCUGACCGAGUUGAUUGAAGGCCUGGACGAGCAAGAGGUCAGAACGAUGUCCUUGGGCUUGGCACAUACCCUGUCACGCUUCAAGCUGAAGUUUUCACCAGACAAGGUGGAUACCAUGAUCAUCCAGGCUGUCGGGCUCUUGGAUGACUUGGACAAGGAGCUCAACAAUUUCGCGAUGAGACUCCGAGAAUGGUAUGGUUGGCACUUCCCGGAGAUGGGGAAGAUCAUCACCGAAAACCUCGCCUAUGCCAAGGUCGUUCGGCUCAUGGGGCUGAAAACCAAGGCCAAGGAGACGGACUUCUCGGAGGUGAACGUUCCAGAGGAGAUUGCGGCGGAGGUGAAGCAAGCGGCGGAGACCUCCAUGGGCACCGAGAUCACCGAUGAAGAUCUGGGCAACAUCAAGACCUUGAGCGAGCGCGUCAUCGAGCUCACCGAGUAUCGGGCCUCCUUGUCGGAAUAUUUGAAGCUGCGAAUGACGGCCAUUGCGCCCAACCUGACCUUCAUGGUGGGCGAGCUCGUCGGCGCCCGACUCAUCUCGCAAGCUGGGUCGUUGAUGAGUUUGGCGAAGCACCCCAGUAGCACUGUGCAGAUUCUGGGAGCCGAGAAGGCGCUCUUCCGAGCCUUGAAGACGAAGAAGCAGACCCCAAAGUAUGGGCUCAUCUACCAUGCCUCGCUGGUGGGUCAAUCCGCUCCGGCCCUAAAGGGCAAGAUCAGUCGCGUUUUGGCGGCGAAGCUGUCCUUGUGCUGCAGGGUGGAUGCCUUGGGCGACCAGGUGGAGCCGACCUUGGGUGAGGAGUUCAAGGAGUACGUGGAGAGGCGUCUGGCGACGUUGGAGGAGGGCGGCAUGAAGUCCCUCAGCAAGGGCAUCAGCAGGCCCACGGCUGGAAAGCACCAGAAGAAGCCCUCGGUGAGAGGCAGCGGUGCUGCGCACAGCGCGGAGGACGACGUGGUCGAGGCGCCCAAGAAGCGGAAGGCCAAGGCCGUUGAGGCCGAGGCGGAGGAAGAAGCUGAAGAAGCACCGGCACCGAAGAAGAAAAAGAAGAAGAAGGUGGUCGAAGAAGAGGCUGAGUAGGCUUCUGCAAAAAGCUCCGGCGGGGGGCUUUUUCCAGUAUGACGUUCAACAGUGCUGCUACCUACUUACCCACUCUGAAGUUCAAACAGUAUUGUAGCUACCUGACCUGGCCUUACCUUGACUGUAGGUUCAAACGUGCAAGCAAGUACCAGGACCACCUCUGAGGUAAACGAAUGUUGUCUCUUUCUUCGGAAACUGCACAAUCCUCGUCUUUGGACCGUGUUUUGGGUACCUCAUCACUACCAUGCUGAUAUGGAUUGUGCGUGGCAACAAAAAAGAAGGACUACGAUUCCUUCUCGACCCUGAGCCACCCUGAAGUUCCAGACCCGUUGCGAUGACCUCCUUGGGCCCCGUAAAAGAGGUUUCGCGCCUGAGUGAAUGGCAUUUCAACCAGGUCACAUCAGCAAGACAAAGGCAUAUCGAAUUUGUACACAUACA